AUGUCCGAAACACUACAGGAAUUGCCCAUGGGUGUGCUGCCGGCGGAUUCCGCCCAAAACUCGAUACAGGAAUCGCUUCAGACCCAACACCAACAGGAGCCACAGGAGCAACAGGAGCAACAGGAGCAACAGAUGCAAUCUCCCGCACAACAGCCUCUGCAAUCUCGACAAACGUCGGGUAAGUACACGCUCAAAGACUUCCACAUUUUACGAACAUUAGGUACCGGUUCUUUUGGCCGGGUCCACUUGGUGCGCUCCAACCACAAUGGACGCUUCUACGCCAUGAAAGUGUUGAAAAAGAAAACCAUUGUUAAGCUCAAGCAAGUGGAACACACCAACGACGAAAGGCGCAUGUUGGCCGUUGUCACACACCCGUUCAUUAUUCGCAUGUGGGGAACUUUCCAAGACUCCGAACAAGUGUUCAUGAUCAUGGACUACAUCGAAGGUGGUGAGCUUUUCUCCCUCCUGCGCAAAUCUCAAAGGUUUCCAAACCCCGUUGCCAAGUUCUACGCCGCCGAAGUGUGUUUGGCUCUCGAAUAUAUGCAUUCCCAGGACAUAAUAUACCGGGACCUGAAGCCCGAAAAUGUGCUUCUGGAUAAAAAUGGUCAUGUCAAGAUCACAGAUUUUGGUUUCGCCAAACACGUACCCGACGUGACAUACACCCUUUGCGGAACGCCAGACUACAUUGCCCCAGAGGUGGUGAGCACAAAGCCUUACAACAAGUCCGUUGACUGGUGGAGUUUUGGCAUACUGAUCUUCGAAAUGCUGGCUGGCUACACACCCUUUUACGACUCUAACACUAUGAAGACUUACGAAAAUAUUCUAAACGCUCAAUUGCAAUUCCCACCUUUUUUUCACGCAGACGUCCAAGACCUACUGACCCAGUUGAUCACUCGCGAUCUGAGUAAGCGACUAGGGAAUCUGCAGAAUGGCACCGACGAUGUCAAGAACCACGCCUGGUUCAGCGAGGUGGUAUGGGAGAAACUGCUGUGCAGGAACAUUGAGACUCCAUACGAACCUCCCAUUCAAUCGGGCCAGGGCGACACUUCCCAAUACGAUAGAUACCCAGAGGAGGAAAUAUUUUAUGGAACUGACGCAGAAGACCCUCACAAGGACUUGUUUGCCGAGUUUUGA